AUGGUGAUGGUGAUUAUGGUGGUGGUGGUCAUGGUGGUGGUCAUGGUGGUGGUGAUCAUCGUGGUGGUGGUCAUGGGUGUGCUGUAUGACCUAGACAAGCAAAUUAAAACGAUUGAAAGAUACAUGAGACGCCUGGAAUUUCACAUUAGUAAGGUAGAUGAACUCUACGAAGGGUAUUGUAUCCAAAGACGCCUCCAAGAUGGUGCCAGCAAAAUGAAGCAAGCCUUCGCGGCCUCGCCUAGCAGCCGAGCUGCCCGUGAGAGCCUGUCGGAGAUCAGUCGCAGCUACAGGGAGUACACGGAGAAUAUGUGCACCAUCGAGGCAGAGCUGGAGAAUCUGCUGGGGGAGUUCUCCAUCAAGAUGAAAGGUCUGGCUGGUUUUGCUCGCCUCUGUCCGGGAGAUCAAUAUGAAAUUUUCAUGAAGUACGGCCGACAGAGGUGGAAGCUGAAAGGCAAGAUAGAAGCCAAUGGCAAGCAGAGCUGGGAUGGGGAGGAAGUGGUGUUCUUGCCCCUGAUCGUUGGAUUCAUCUCCAUCAAGGUCACAGAACUCAAAGGGCUCGCCACACAUCUCCUGGUCGGCAGUGUGACCUGCGAGACCAAAGAGCUCUUUGCUGCCCGACCUCAGGUGGUGGCCGUUGACAUCAACGACCUCGGCACCAUCAAACUGAGCCUGGAGAUCACCUGGUACCCAUUUGAUGUGGAGGACAUGACCGCGUCCUCGGGCGCUGGGAACAAGGCGGCAGCCCUCCAGAGGAGAAUGUCCAUGUACAGCCAGGGUACUCCAGAGACGCCCACUUUGAAGGAUCACUCCUUCUUCAGGUGGUUGCGGCCUUCAGCAGCCAAGCCGCGGCGGCUGUCUGUCUUGAGUGCCUUGCAGGACACUUUCUUUGCCAAGCUAUCCCGCAGCUGCUCUUUCAGUGACCUGCCCUCCCUCAGGCUGAGACCCAAGGCCGAGCUAGAGUUUUCCACGCAAAACUCAUGCAGCCGCACUCUGAGGAUCGGCUCACCUGCCGGACUUCGCCCUGCCAUGUACCUCAGUAAAACACGAAUGAAUGGUCACGUCUCCUCAAAGCUGCUUCCCCUCUUUCCCUUCCAAACAGUGUUCCGAACCCUGGUCUCCCAAAUCCUGGACCGGGCUGAGCCUCUGCUCCCCUCCAGCCUCCCUUUGGAAGUCAUCACUGUUUUCCAGUAUUACAGUUACUUUACCAGCCACGGUGUGAGCGACCUCGAGAGUCACGUGAACCAGCUGGCCAAGCAAGUUUCCUUGAUUCAGACUCUGCAAUCGCUGAGAGAUGAGAAACUGCUGCAGGCCAUGAGUGACCUCGCACCCAGCAGCCUCCCGGCCCAGCAGGAAGUACUCCGGACCCUGGCCCUGCUGCUCAUGAGGAAUGACAGCCAAGUGAGCCAGGCUGUGAUGCUUUACCUGGCCGCAGCCUCCAGAGAUGAGCAUUUCAGGGAAAAGGCCUUGCUCUAUUACUGUGAAGCGCUGACAAAGGCAAACCUCCAGCUCCAGAAGGCAGCUUGUCUGGCCCUGAAGAGCCUGCAGGCCACCGAAAGCAUUAAAAUGCUCGUGACACUGUGUCAGUCCGACACUGAAGAAAUCAGAAACGUGGCCUCCGAGACCCUCUUGUCUCUCGGGGAAGAUGGGCGGCUGGCAUAUGAACAACUGGACAAGUUUCCUCACUGUGUUCACGUUGGAGGGCGCCAUGGGACGGAAGUCGCUACAGCAUUUUAAUGUGCUCUCCCGUACAGCUCUCUUUCUAAAUGGCCCUGUUCAUCAAGGUGGUGCUGGGGUCGAGCGGGAAUGCUUACAACUUGAAGCGCUCUGUUGAGGUUGUCUGGAAAUGUAACGUGUUAUAGAUAGAAUUCAAAAUCGAGUUUUCCAGGACCUAGCCACUUUUCCUUUGGCCAGUAGAAUCGGGCUGUGUAGUACUCUGUAGAUUUUAUUGUCGAUGGCGUCUGACAGUACUUAGUUAAAGAGCCCAUCUUAUCGCAUAUGUGUGGAAUUUUAAAACAGCCAUCUUUGUACUUUUUUGGAAGUUCUUCUAUAAGCCUAAAAUAGUCACGUGAUGCUUUGAUGCCUAUCCUACGCCUUGCAGUUUUUCUCUGUUGUGUUCUCAGGGUUGAGUGGCCCCGUUAGCUACCUAAUUUCACCUUAAUGCAAAGCACACACAAAAAAAGAAUUUCUUCAAAUAAAGAUUUGCCUGCAGAACUUGGUAAAACGACACAUUGUAAGAGUUUAAUUUUUCUUUUAAUUUUAUUUUCCUCAAGCCUCCACUACUUCUUUUGUUUCUUUUCUCCAUCCUGAAAGUCCCAAAAGCAUGUUUCCAUGGUUAAAAGACAGGUGGAUAACUAAGAGCUACCUUAUUAAGUUUAUACCUGUACUCCUUAAAAAAACACAUUCAAAGUUUAAGCUUUUUUAAACAAGAGCCAUUUUUUUAUGAUACUUUUACAAUAGAGAUAUUUUGCUGCUAUGACAAAUCAAAACCAAAAGUCAUGGAUUCAGAAAGCUGUGAUGCUCUUUGAAGUAGAAGUACUUGGAAGUUGGAGGACUCUUAAUGGGAUGAGAGCAGAAGGACAUUCCAAGUGGUCCUUGCUUCUACAGGAAUUACCAUGAGAUUAGGAAGGAGAAGAAUGCCCCUAGGGACCAUCACUGCCCCCAGAGAAAUCAUUCAUCACUGGGUGGGAUCUCUUGGCCAAAUAGUUAAAGUAACAGCUUCCUUUAUUGCUUCCCUAUCAGGGUAGCAAGUCCUCUAAAUAAACUACAAGACCACUCAAUAGCUUUUCUUCCUCUUAAGAGUAUACAUGAUGGGAUAUGCCAAGAUCUCAAAAUAAUAUGUGUGAGUGUUAUUUAAACUGUGGAAUAUCAACUGUAUUCUGGACGUGUUUGUAUAAAAUAUCAUUUAGGUGUCUUUUAAAUAUUUACAUUUUAGCAAGACCUUUAAGAACAACUCGUAUUCCAUUUUAAAGUAAAAAUUGUUGGGGUGCCUGGCUGGCUCAGUUGGUAGAGCGUGUGACUCUUGAUCCCAGGGUCAUGAGUCUGAGCCCCACAUUGGGCGUGGAGCCUACUUAAAAUAAAAAAUUUAAAAAAAAAAAGUAAAAAUUGUUUGCCAGGCUUCCUGGCAAAUAGUUCUUUCAACUGUGAAGUCAUAAUGUGUAUAUAUAUUUGUAUAUUUAUAAAUAUUAUAUAUAUGCAUAUAUCCUUCAUUUUAAAGGUACAUUGUACAGUCUAUGGUUAGUAUGUAUAGUCUAUAGUCUAUGUUAAAUGGUUGAAAUGAUUCUUUUUACAGAAAGUCAAAUCACAAAUGUUACAGAGUUUUUUGUUUGGUUUGUUUGGGGUUUUUUUCUAAUUUUUUGAAUAUUGCAUGAGUAAUUAAUUCCAUAUCUUUUGUAUUCAAUUCUGCAUUUUAUUUUUGCUCGAAGGGGGUGCUUUUAGUUUUGUGGCAUUUGUAUCCAUCACUCUUUCAAUCAUGUAAGUUAAAAUAAAAAUUAUUUUUGAAUUAUUA